AUGCCAGCCAGCCCAACUGUUGUUCCCACACAGAAUAACUUUACCUUCCGUCUUAUUAGAAUUGCUUACACAGAGCUCCUGAAGAACAAGUCUUCUGAUGAUUACAAGAAGCUGGAGAAAGAAGUGAAGUUAACUCUAAACAAGAUGUUAUCCAGCUAUGAGAACUUUCUCAAAGCAAACAUUCUCCAGUUCUUGAAUGGCUCCAUUAUUGUUGAGAGUGAGGUUCUAUUCCAGAAAGAUCGCCCUGCUCCCACAAACUCUGACCUCAUCCGUACAGUUGUCACAGGAGUGGAAAGGAAAAUGGACACUUUCUUUUACUGGAGAGUGGAUGUCAAGUCUGUCCGGUCAAAUGGUUUCAGCCUUGAAAAUCUAGAACCAGAAAAGCUGUCAGUCUCAUUCUCUGCUCUGAGACUUGGCUCGAUUGCAGCAUUUGGUGGUGUGGUUAGCCAGGGCCCUCUGGACCAACUAAACAAUAUGGUGAUUCAGUCUCUGGGGGCCCUGUACAAAGUGAAGAAUUUCUCCUUUGUCAGACUCAGGGAUAUGAAAGGUGACCUGGAAAUCCAUGGUGAGGCCUACAUUGACACACACGCUCAUGCUGAUAUCCGCCAGGUUCUGCAAGUACUGAAGGGUCUUGUUAACUACUCUGUAGACCUGACAACUCUCUCUGUGGAUGAUUCAAGGCUCAGCUUGCAGGUUUUCCCCAUUUCCUUCCUGAUCAUCAACAGGAUAGUCGAUGGGAAAUUGCUGGAUCACUCUUCUGUGGAACACCAGAACCUCACCAGGGAUCUUGCUGAUGUGCUGAUGCAUGCCCUGAAGAAAUACCAAGGCCUCCUGCAAGUGGUAAUUCGAGACCUCCUAAGUGGCUCCCUGAUCUGUCAUGGUGAUGUGGUAUUCCAGCAACCUGCCCCAGCAAGUGCAGAUGUUCUGCAGACUCUUGUUCUUUCAGUUGGUCCACAUGACAUGUUGGCUGGGUCAGGUUUUCAGGUGGACCCAUAUUCUUUCACAGUGGCAGAUGAUCAACUGGAACCUCCCUCUGUGUAUCCAAGUUUCCCUGGAUAUGCUGUGGCAAUUACUGUCAUGUGUGGCCUUGUAGUAAUUGCCAUUCCCAUUGUGGCUCUGCUGUACCUGAAUUCUGGGCUAUUUGGCUGGCAUGACAAGGCUAUAAUUCAGGGUAGGAGAGACCAUGAAGCAGGGACACAAACAUUUGAACUGGAUAACCAAGGAUUCAGCUCUACCAUUGAAGAGGCAAGUUGA